CAGAACAAUCAGCAUGGACCGCAGCAUAAUGAUGGCGGUAGCCGCCUCAUCGUGCUGCUCUGGUAGACACCGGCGCGCCGUGCGGCUGGCAGCGUUGCGCGCAUGGACGCGGCUGUGGUUGCCGGCGUCGACAUCCACGGCCAACAGAUCCAUGCCAACCUGCACACGCCGCGCGCCCACACCUCCAUGCCGCCGAGGCGUCGCUCCUGCAUCAAUGCGCCGCUCGUGUCGACGUGGCGGUGCGGGAUGCGGUACACGCAAGGUUUGCUUGGACGAUGGCCAGCGACUCGCGAUAGUAGGCAGGAUAUACGCCGUGGCUACAGGCGAUUCAAAGGCAGUGCUUGCCGCUUGUCCAAGCGCUUCUGCCGCAUGUCGACGUCAAUGCUGCUCUCGACGACAUACCUGAUUGCGCCUACGCCCAUGCCUUUGGGGUCGACACCGUGUUCUCCGCUCCAUGCUCGCCUUUCGAAGCUCCUUCGUGGUUGACGUCAGCGAUGCAGUGGCCCGCGUCCUAUCGCUAUAGACAUGGGAUGACGCCACUCAUGCUCGCAUGCCUGAGCAACAACCUGUCGAUGGUCCAAAUGUUGCUGUCGUGCUCGACGUUGGAUCUCAACGCGGCCGAUAAUAUCGGACACACGGCGCUUCUGUACUCGACAAGCGACGAUGCCGUACUGCGUCUCUGUACGGACGCCCGGCUCGACGUGACGCGGCACCACAGUACACAAGGGACUGCGAUUGAGGUCGUGGGCCGCCGCGGCAACAAGCCCGCUACGAUCGUCGUGCUGCAGCGACUCUUGGGCGCACGUCAUCGCAACCUGCCACCCGACGCCGUCGGCGCGAUCGCCACCUUCUUUGUCUACGCGCCAGGCAUGGGCUCACACCCAGGUUUUCCCGUGAUAGAGUUGUUCGCCCCAAACCCAAACGAGAUCUGGGAAGACCAGAUUGACUCUAUUCUAUCGUUCCUGCCGUAAUAUUCCAUAUAUUGUCCUUGUA